GGGCGGAGAGUUUCGUGCGUGGAGCUCUUGCCGCCGAGAGAUCGCCGUGGAUAUCUUGGUACAGAAUCUUAUCGAUAGCCCUAAUCUACGGCGAUUCGCUCGAAGAAUCCUCGCCUUUUCUCUAAAUUUCGUCCUGAUUCGACUGUUCUUGCUGCGAGCAAUGGAUCUUUCGACCAAGCUCCAAAACAUUGAUCUCCGAUCGAGGUUCCUCUUAGGUUCGCCCCUCUUGGACUCGGAUAGGGCGAGAAUACGGCCGCGGCUUCAUCUCGCCUCGCUUUCUCCCUCGCAAAGCAGGGGGCUUGGUGUGUCUUUGGUGAACAAGACCGGCUUUCCCAGCCCCACGGUGGGCAAGCUCGGUGUUACGGCCAGGGCCGCCGUUGAGACGGCCAUCACGGAUGCGGACGCCACCACUGCUGAUCUCGAAUCCCUCUUCUCGGAUAGUGCCGUGGAGGAUGGGUCCAGGAGGCCGGCGAAGAAGAAGUAGAGCACUGGGGUGUCGAGCGUCUCGUCGGGCGUGUCUGGAAGGCUAUCUUAAUAAGCAAGAUGUACCAAUGGUUAUCAUAUCCCAUGACAGAGCUUUCCUUGAUCAGUUGUGCACCGAAAUUGUGGAAACGGAUAUGGGAGUGUCACGGACAUUCAUGGGCAACUAUUCUGAUUAUGUUCUAGCAAAAGCAGCAUGGGUGGAAGCUUAAUAUGGAGAUUUAGCAUACAAAAGAGUUAAUAAACAGAUUAGGAGGUGGAGUUAAUGCUCGACGCGCAUCUAGUGAAGAGAAGAAACUGGAGAAACUUCAAGAAGGACAAGUUGAGAAGCCCUUUGAACGAAAGCAAUUAAAGAUUAGAUUCCCUGAGCGAGGAAGAAGUGGGAGAACUGUCUUAAUGGUUAAGAAUCUAAAUUUUGGAUAUGGUGAUAAUCUGUUGUUUGAAAAGGCAAAUCUUUUAGUUGAGAGAGGCGAGAAAAUAGCCAUUAUUGGGCCAAAUGGAUGUGGAAAGAGUACUUUACUGAAACUAAUUAUGGGCUUCAAGAAGCCUCAGGGGGGUGAUGUCUUGCUCGGGGAGCAUAAUGUGUUGCCAAAUUAUUUCAAACAAAACCAGGCAGAAGCUCUUGAUCUGGAGAAAACUGUCCUUGAGACUGUUGAAGAAGCCACAGUGGACUGGAGAAUUGAUGAUAUAAAAGAUCUCCUUGGUCGUUGUAACUUCAAAGCAGACAUGCUUGAUAGAAAAGGCGCGACUUGCUUUUUGCAAAUUUAUGGUGAAGCCAUCUACUUUAUUAGUUCUGGAUGAACCUACCAACCAUCUAGAUAUACAGUCAAAAGAGGUGCUAGAGGAGGCUAUAUCUGAAUACCAAGGCACUGUUAUCACCAUUUCUCAUGAUUGUUACUUCAUAAGACAGAUAGUUAAUAGGGUGGUGGAGGUGAAAGAUGAAACUCUGCAAGAUUAUGCAGGCGACUACAAUUAUUAUCUGGAGAAGAACCUCGAGGCUAGGGAAAAAGAACUGGAGCGUGAGGCUGAGCUUGAAGAAAAGGCUCCAAAACCAAAAGCCAAGUCUAAGAUGUCAAAGGAAGAGAGAGAAGUCAUGAAGGAUUAAAAAAUGCUGGCUUUUCAGCAAGCAAAAGCCAAGUCCAAGAGGCUGAAGAAUGCAAAGCGCUGGAAGUGAUGACACCUGAAGAUUUGAAGAGGGUGACAAUUAAAGGAGUAGAUAAUGCUUGAUUCUUGAAUGAUAAUAGCAUACAAUGUUCAAAGCAAAACAAAGUACCAACACUGUGAGACAAUGAUCUGUCAAGAAGACGUUCUAAUGGAGUCCAAGAAGUGCCAACAAGCAAUCAUUGGUUAUUCCAUCUGCUUCUGCUUGUGAAAUACAUAUCUACAGCAAAAAAUUUUCUUUCUUAGCAAAUUUUCAUCAGAACAUAAAGUUUCCUUAGUGAAGAUUGGAGUGCUCUUGAAUAUGUCAGAAAAAUUCCUGAUAAGCUUGACUUGCUUUUUCUGUUGACUGAAAAAAGUUUGGCUUGUCUCUGUUGCUGAUCAACAGGUUGUUCUCCAACUAAGUUGUGAUUUGCAUGGGGUCCUGACAAGCAAAGUCUUCAGAUUUCAAACCUCCCAAUUUGUCCAUCACAUAUGCAAUGCUGUUUCUGAGGAAAGAGGGAUCCCUGAACAUGUCUUCUCCCAAUCCAGUAAGUCCACACUCCAUAAGAUGAAAAUUCUUUCACACUAUUUAGAAUCCACAGAUGUAGUCAAAAAUAAGUUUUUGACUACACUAAGUCUGAGAAGAGAUAAGAAUAUGUUAUGUAUUAUUCAUUUUUCUCCCCAUUGUAGUCUCAUAAUCCUGAUGAGGUGUCUACUCCAUAAUCUUGCAUAAUUUUUCUGAAGGAUGAUAUGACAUGGAAAGAUUGCACCAGCACUUGAAUUAUGUCACGACAGCAGGACUGGCUUCCUUUAUAGUAUGAAGGUUCUUUCAGCAUUUCACUUUCACCUUUUCUUUCCCCUUUCAAAUCCUCUCUCUCUCUCUCUCAUAUUGAAUCCACUUCAACUUGUCUGUGUUACUGGGUCAUCUUCUAAAUUGUCAGACCCAGUUCUUCCUCUGUUCUUAUCAGAAAGCUCUUUGUUUCAGUCAUAUCACAUUCUUCUGCUGUCCUCAAAUUCCAAUAUAAUCCACAUAAUCCUCAGGGUUUGUUCCUUAUGUUGAUCCACCUACUCUGAUCCCAAAGAGCUCACUUCCUCCAAAGCUCAAGCUUCGUUCAGUUCCUAUCACAAAACAACUCCUUUUUCUGCACCUCUCCAUGGGCUGCACCACCUCAAAGCAGGCCCGCCGCGACCGCCGGAGGUCGCCCUCCCCGCUCGCCCGCAGCCGCUCGUUGCCCCGCGACCACAAGGCCGGUGUCGGCAGCAAUGACCAUGUCGUCGCUCUCACCUCCGCCACUCUCGGCUCCUUCAAGCUCGACAAGGAAGCGAAGCAGAGUGUCGGCGACGAUCAUGGAGAUCUCAAGAGCAAGCUCGCCGAGGCCAAGGCCUGGACAGAGAAGAUGAGCAAGCGAAUCCCGACAACGCCCACUGAGACGCCACCCGAUGAGCCCGAGGCCGUGGACGCCUUGGAGCUCAUGGCAGGAUUGGAGGAGGCUGCCGCUCCUCGAUUCUCCUCCGCCACCGUCGUCGACCGCCAUUCCUUCUCGUUCUACCCCAUCCAUGAAUCCAACAGGGUGCUCGGAUCGACGCAAGGCACCGUGUGGAGCAACGCCUUGGCGUUCCCUUCUCCUAUCUGGAAGCCGGCAAAGAUCGAGGAGCACGCGGUCGGCAUCGGUGAGUUCGAUCCGGAGGUUCUAUCCGCCUUUCGCAAGGCCAUGGAGGAGCUCUCCCCUCAGCACCCCUGCCUCCUCCGGUCCCCCGAGUCGAGAACUCCAUCAGCCAACGUCAUCCACGCAAGGAUCAGUGGCUUCCAAGAAAGACUCGAUUCCAAGAAGGCCAAUGCCAAGGCCGGGCAGGAUUCAGAACUCAAGAGAUGGCCGCCCGGCGGCGAGGGGAAGGUGGUGCUCUACUUCACAAGCCUUCGAGGGGUGCGGAAGACCUACGAGGACUGCUUCCUGGUAAGGAUGAUUCUGAAGGGCUACGGACUUCGGGUCGACGAGAGGGACGUCUCGAUGGACAGAGGGUUCAGGAACGAGCUCAAUGAGAUGCUCGGAGCCGAUCGCGUCGCUGUGCUGCUCCCGUCGGUCUUCGCGAAUGGCAGGUACGCGGGAGGGGUGGAGGAGGUGAGGCGGAUCCACGAGGACGGCGAGCUGUCGAAGGCCUUCAGUGACUGUGAAGCGACGAUCGAAGGAGGAAGAGGAGGGCCGUGCGAGGACUGCGGAGACAUCAGGUUUGUGAUCUGUGGCAAGUGUUCAGGGAGCUGCAAGGUGUACGUAGAAGAAGAAGAAGAAGAAGAGGAAGAGAUGGAGGAAUGGGAGGACGUCGGAGGUGGAUUCCGGCGAUGCAUGGAGUGCAAUGAGAAUGGAAUAGUGAGGUGUCCUGCUUGCUGUUGAGCUUGGGAGCUCAGUGACAGUAGAGUGUGUGUGGAGCUUGGUGUGUGCGCAGCAGAGUCCAUUGGUGGUGAGGAGUGAGGUAGAGAGGUGAGUGAAGCAAGCUCUGUGAGGGAGUUGCAGUUCGAGUUGUGGAGGAUUCCAUCUUCGUGGUUCUUUUACUUUGUUUUUUUUCAUAUAUCGAUAUCUUGACUGAGAGUUCUGUCAAGACAUUACAUUGUCUGCCAUGGUGAGGCAGACAAACUUUGCUUUAUCAGGUGGUUUUCUUUGAUGUUUUCAUGCCCAAUAUGUAAUAGAUAUGUAGUGAUUAUGUUGAAUCAUUGGCGAAUGUUUCAGGAAGAUCAGUACUCUUUUGACA